AUGCUCUCAGCUGUGUGCAACACGGCUGAGGUGGCAGCAUUGUCCUUCAGCUACAGCAGCUUCGAUCAAUGCAGCGACUCCAUCAAGCUGUACGGAGAGGCAUCUUGUAUGAAUUCUGGGAUACAACUGACCAGCUUCGGAUAUUACGUGAUCGGCCAGGCCAGAUACUUCAAGCCAAUGCACCUCUGGGAUGCCACCACGGGUGGUGUCGCCAGUUUCACUACCACAUUCACCUUUGAUAUCAGCAGUAAUGUGGACAGUAACAAUAGUGGCAGUAGCAGCGAAGAUGGGUCCUCGUCGUGCUGUGACGGUCUGGCAUUCUUCCUGGCACCGCGAAACUACAGCAUCCCAGUGGGUGGGGGAGCCAGCGGAAGGUUGGGGCUUAUAUAUGCUAACCUCACUUAUGACUCUGCAUCAGAGAAUCCAUUUGUGGCGGUUGAGUUCGACACCUACAACAACGAGUGGGAUGCGUGGAACGACAGCAGCCAUGUUGGAAUUAAUAUCAACUCUCUGCAGUCUGUUUCCAGCAAGAGAUGGAAUUAUAAUGGCAAUGGUACUCGUCGAAUGCGUGCACGAAUUUCCUACAAUAAGGAUGCCAAAACGAUGUGCGCAAGCUGGUUUAGUAGUAGGGAUGAUAAUGAUCAGUUCGAGUUCGAGAACACCCUUUGCUAUGGAGUUGAUUUGACAAAUUACUUGCCUGAACAACAGUAUGGUUCUGUGUGUAUAGGCGUUUCUGUUGGAAGCAGAAUGCGGAUAAAAGUCUGUUGGCUGACCGCGAAUUGGAUCAAUGCUGGAGCGAAAUACAUCCCACCGGAUGUGGUUAGUCAAGCCACAAACGGUUUCAUUGAGGUGUUGGGGAGAGGUGGGUUCGGUGAAGUUUACAAAGGAAAACUGGACGGUAGAGCUGUCGCGGUGAAGAAACUGUUCCAGGUGGUGGCGGCUGGUGGUGGGAGAGGGAACAAGGAGGGGUACAUGGCAGAGUUAACCGUGAUAACACAGUUGAAGCACCACAAUUUGGUUGAACUACUAAGAUGGUCAUGCGGCAACUCGGGUGAGCUCUACUUGGUCUAUGACUACAUGGAGAAUGGUAGCUUGGACAGUCAUCUAUUCAGUCAAGAGCCUGGCCAUCAACCGCUCAUAUGGGAAAUCAGGUUCCGAAUCGCCAAGGAUUUAGGUUCAGGGCUACUUUACUUGCACGGAGGGUGCACUGAAUGUGUGCUGCAUAGGGACAUCAAGCCCGCUAAUGUUCUGUUGGAUUCUGAUAUGAGAGCCAAGCUGUCUGAUUUCGGACUGGCUCGUGUGGUGGGGCACGACGACCGAUCCCAGUCCUUGAUCUACGGGAGCGAGGGAUACCUCGCUCCCGAGGUAUUGGAGACUGGGAAGUCAACUAAAAGCUCCGACGUCUUCAGUUUCGGGGUGGUGGCUCUGCAAAUCGUUAGCGGGAAGUCGGCUUAUGUUAUCAACAAUUCAGCCCAACGUCGUCACAUUGUGGAGUGGGCAUGGGGCCUAUAUGGGGAGGGUCAUGUUGAAGCUGUAGUAGACCCUAAGCUAAAUGGUGUGUUUGUGGAGGAACAGGUCCGUCGUUUGUUGGAAGUGGGUCUUCACUGUGCUCACCCAGAUCCCUCCCGCAGGCCUCGGAUGAAGGACGCCAUGGAUGCACUGAACUUCAGUGAUCCAUUGGGAUUGGCCCCUCUACCGUUGCAAUAUCCCACCAACCGUAGUUCCCAGGCCGGCCUCCUCCCAUCGCUGUCGCGAAUCCUUGAAGAAUCGCCGGCAGUUUCCUCACUGCAGCAGCAGCUGCCAGUAUUAUCAUCAUCAUUAUCAUCCUCAGGAGUUGUUCCACCGGCACAUGAUCAGAUUGACAGUUUUGAUCAGCCUGUCUCAAGUGUCAAUAGAGCUCAGGGAGCUGUUUCCCGCCUCUAUCGCACGGUCUAG